GCACGGGGCGAUGGAAGCAAUGCAGUGGAAUAAUCAUUCUUUAUAUUUAUUCCCUUCUCUCUUCUCUUUCGAAUCCCCUUUUUCUUCAGUGAUAAAUUGCAGUUUGCUCCAUCGAAACCCCAAAAAAUGAAGUAUUAAUCAGUAAAAAAAAUUAAUAAAUGGGUAAUUUGGAGAUUCCUUUGAAGGAUUUAAUUCAAUCGGAGUCAAAAUUUAACGGGGUUCGGUGUUUGAGUUUGAGAAGUAGUGAUUUGUGUUUGAAUUCUAUUGGUUUUAAUGGUAACAAUGGAGGGUUACUCUUCGAGGAUUCGGCCACAACAUCGUUUGUUUCAUUGGAGAAUUGUUCUCCUUCGGAAUGUAUGUUACGUGCACGGAGAGGGAUCGAAAUCAAUGUUAGGAGAGGAAGGGGACGGUUUUUGUCGAUGACACUUUCAGAUUCUAAUGAGAUUUUGGGGCAGAACGGGGAAGCUUCUGUGGAGGAGAGUGAAGUUAAAGUGUGUCAGGAAGUGGAAAAGGUUGAGAAAGGGAAGCUGCAUGGUGGGGGUGGAGGUGCAUUGAACACUACUAAGCAUCUUUGGGCUGGAGCUGUUGCUGCCAUGGUGUCCAGAACUUUUGUUGCUCCACUGGAGAGACUAAAGCUGGAAUAUAUAGUUCGUGGUGAACAGAAGAGUCUUCUUGAGCUCAUCAAGACAAUUGCAGUUACUCAAGGGAUCAAGGGAUUUUGGAAGGGAAAUUUUGUGAAUAUUUUACGAACAGCUCCAUUUAAGGCUAUCAACUUCUACUCUUAUGAAAAAUGCAGAGAUCAUCUGCUCAAAAUAACUGGUAAUGAGGAGGCAACUAAUAUUGAAAGGUUUGUUGCUGGUGCAGCUGCAGGAAUCACAGCUACUGUGCUCUGCAUACCUAUGGACACUAUUAGGACAGUAAUGGUUGCACCUGGGGGAGAAGCCUUGGGCGGUCUAAUUGGUACGUCCCGGCAUAUGAUUCAGACGGAAGGGUUUUUCUCUCUUUAUAAGGGCCUAGUACCCUCGAUCAUAAGCAUGGCACCUUCAGGUGCAGUUUUCUAUGGAGUUUAUGAUAUAUUAAAAUCAGCAUAUUUGCAUUCACCGGAAGGUAGGAAAAGACUAGAAAAUAUGAAACAAGGCGAAGAGCUGAAUGCCCUGGAUCAACUGGAGUUGGGCACAGUUAGAACUUUGGUAUAUGGGGCAAUUGCUGGUGCUUGUGCAGAAGCUGCUACAUAUCCUUUUGAAGUUGUGAGGAGACAGCUUCAGUUGCAGGUCCGGGCCACUAAGAUGAGUGCAUUGGCAACUACCAUGAAGAUCGUUGAGCAAGGUGGUAUCCCUGCACUCUAUGCUGGAUUGACUCCCAGCUUAUUACAGGUUUUACCAUCAGCUGCAAUAAGCUAUUUCGUGUAUGAAUUUAUGAAGAUAGUUUUGAAAGUGGAAUAAAUAUGAGAUUGGGGUUCCUCAAGGUCAUUCCUGGUGAGAAGUCCAUGGUAUGCAAUUUUAACCACAACUCCUGUUUUGCGUGGUCUGAACAAAGGGAGGCAAUUAUACAUCUUAUGAAGAAUUGUAGAGCGUUUCCUAGUUCUUGAGCUUUCCCUUUCAGCUUUUUUUAUGGGGAAUUAGUGCAGAGCUUUUUUACUUUUCUUCAUCAAAGCAAAAGUUGAUACAAGAUGAAAUGUUUGUUGGCUUCAAUUAGCCUGCUGAUUACAAGUAUCUGUGGUCUGUACAUGUUUUUUUUUUUUUUUUCAUUCUCUUAAUUACUGGGUUACUUUUGUUGCAGACAUCACUUUUCACCCUUAAUCAAUCUUUUCCAGCUAACUCAUUAGUAAUAGUUUUACAGAAGAACAAUACUAGUGGAUGUACCUUAUUCUUGGAAAGAAAGGAAUAAUUU